CACGUGUCCAGAUCACAGACGUUAUAAAACCCUUACCAUUUCUGUUCAGUGUAUUCCUCAGCUCAAGUAAAGCUUUUACCUAAUUCUCAAACAUUCUUUACACAAAAAUAUCAAGAGUGAUAUAGAUAGCGAGAAAAAAUGGACGGUAGGGGAGGGUGUUGCAUAGCUAGGUACGCCAUUGGCUCUGGACCGUACGAUCUUUCCAAAGCAGAUCGCAUCAUGCUUCGAUUUCGUCCCAUUGCUCCUAAACCGGCCAGCCCCGGCGGAGUAAAUCCCGUAUCCAGCGGAGAUAGCGGCGGCGGAAGCUCCGACGUUUCCUUUAGAUCAGCUAGUAGAAGAAAGAGGAAAUGUCAUCAGCUGAAGGAGAAUGGUGGUAACGCCAAGAGGUGCACCCGGCGGAAGACGUCGGAUAAACCCGUCGUUCACGGCAGUGCUAAUGCGGUGACUCUUUCUCUAUUACCGGAGAAACCUAUAGAUCUUAAGGCGGCGGUGGAGAAGCAGAAGCGGCAGGGUCCGUUAUGGUUGAGUUUCAAAGACGGCGGAGGGAUGCUCACACCGGCUUAUCAGACACCGGAGAUUGUGCAGAGGACGGUGGUGAUUUCGUCGUGUAUGACGGUGGAGCGUGUAACGGACGCUUGGAUUGACGGUUACGGUUUAGGGAGGUCAGAUGAAGAAAGGAAGAUGAAUCUUGUGAGAGACACGUGUCCUGGUUUCAUAUCCGACGGUUCAGGGAGAGUCACGUGGACUAAUGACGCGUAUCGGAAGAUGGCUAGGGAUAUUAUUCCCGUGGAAGAAGGUGCACCGGAGAUAACUAGCGGCGAUAGUUUUCACGUGAUCGUACGGUUGGUGAUGAGGGAGAGGCCGAUGCUAACGUCCCCUGGAUUCACAUGCAGAAUGAAACUCCAGUACACGUGUCAAAAUCGUGAGAGAGGCUCAGUCACGGUGCCUUGCGACGUGUGGAGAAUGGACGUCGGUGGUGGUUUUGCUUGGAGGCUCGACGUUAAGGCCGCUUUGUGCCUUUGACACCGUUAGAUCAACUUUAGUCACUAUGGGCACGAACAUUACACAUGAUAUGUCCUCCAAUGAUAAAAUAUGGAUUCAGAACUAAUUAGAUUUCUAAUGGUUUAACAUAUAUUUAUGUCGUUUUUGUUCUUAUGCCUUCUUUGUUUUUGGUUGUUUUUUAAAUAGUUUUUUAUUUAAGAAUUUUUGUAAAAAAUGCAUCUUUCUUUUGUUUGUU